GCGGUGGUAGUGUUAUUUGUAUCAGUGAUUGUAUCCGGUAAUGUUUUUUAGAAUAUGUUUGAAUUCGGACGCCUGAUAUUUGUGUGUUACCUAUGAGACUGUAAUUACCGGGACCAUUUAUAAUAUUUUAACUUAAUAUUCAUAAUGUGUUUUAUAUAUAAGUUUCGCUGUAAUUGCCGUUAGUUAUUGAAUUAAAGUGUCUAGAGCGAGUGUUGCGAACGGGCUUCGGUGUGAGGGUUGUGGCUCCCAACAGCCACGAUGGGGGCCCAGCAGGCCAAAGAACGCGGUUCUGCGAGCGGCGCCUCAAUUCGUUCAACACGGAAUAAACCCCGUGUCCCAAAGGAUCCCCGUAUGCUUGGCUCAAAUAUAUUCACUGAACAUAGUGAAGCGUUGCUGCAAAGUCGUCCGCUUCCCCAUAUACCAGAUUUACCCGAUGGGGAGGCAGCUGCACCAGCAUUGCCACAACCAUUGGACUCGGCGAACAGAUGGACUUCCAAAGAAAAUCUAUUGGCGCAUCACGAAGAAGAUGAUCCUCAGCUCUUCGUUGCGCUUUACGACUUCCAGGCUGGUGGAGAAAAUCAGCUGAGCCUGAAGAAAGGUAGGUUAUGUGAACAAGUGCGUAUAAUGAGCUACAACAAAAGCGGCGAGUGGUGUGAAGCGCACACGUUGGGCGGCGGUGUGGGAUGGGUGCCUAGUAACUAUGUCACACCUGUCAACUCAUUGGAAAAGCACUCGUGGUACCACGGUCCCAUUGCUCGUAAUGCGGCUGAGUAUCUUCUAUCAUCGGGGAUCAACGGAAGCUUCCUUGUCCGUGAGUCUGAAUCGAGUCCUGGUCAAAGGAGCAUUUCUUUAAGAUACGAAGGACGCGUGUACCACUACCGCAUUAAUGAAGACUCCGAUGGAAAGGUGUAUGUGACGUCAGAAUCCAAAUUUGGGACACUAGCCGAACUAGUUCAUCACCAUUCGGUUCUUGGCGAUGGUCUUAUCACCCAAUUGCUGUACCCUGCGCCAAAGCGAAACAAACCAACUGUGUUUCCUCUGGCCCCACCUGACGAGUGGGAAAUUGAUCGUACGGAUAUUGUGAUGAAGCACAAGUUAGGCGGUGGCCAGUAUGGAGACGUGUAUGAAGCGGCGUGGAAGAGGUGUAAUAUGACCGUCGCAGUAAAAACUUUAAAGGACGAUACUAUGGCUCUAAAAGACUUCCUCGAGGAGGCCGCCAUUAUGAAAGAGAUGAGACACCCGAAUUUAGUCCAACUUUUGGGAGUCUGCACACGUGAACCGCCCUUCUACAUCAUCACAGAAUUCAUGAGUAGGGGAAAUCUCCUUGAUUACCUUCGUACGGGAAAUAGAGACCAUAUAGAUGCUGUGGUACUCAUGUACAUGGCCACGCAGAUCGCUUCGGGUAUGAGUUAUCUCGAGAGCCGAUCUUUCAUUCACAGAGACCUGGCGGCCCGCAACUGUCUCGUCGGUGAGAAUCACCUGGUGAAGGUGGCCGAUUUUGGCUUGGCUCGUCUGAUGCGGGACGAUACAUACACUGCCCACGCCGGUGCCAAAUUCCCUAUAAAAUGGACCGCUCCAGAGGGCCUGGCGUAUAACACGUUCAGCACCAAAUCUGAUGUUUGGGCUUUUGGUAUACUUCUAUGGGAGAUUGCGACGUACGGGAUGUCACCAUACCCCGGCGUUGACUUGGCUGAUGUCUACCACAUGCUUGAGAAGGGUUACCGCAUGGAAUGCCCUCCCGGAUGCCCGGCCGCUGUGUACGAGCUAAUGCGUGGAUGCUGGCAGUGGAAUGCAUCCGAUCGCCCAUCAUUCCGCGAAAUCCACCACGCCCUGGAGCACAUGUUCCAAGAUAAUUCUAUUACUGAAGAAGUGGAAAAGCAGCUCCAGGAGGGUUGUACCGGAACGCCUCAGAUGUCGUUGAAGAAGGCUGGGAGCAUCGGGGCGCAGGCAUCAGGCGAUCGUGGCGUUCAAAUGCGUCGCCCGACUAACAGGCGCGGCAAGCAGGCACCGCAGCCACCCAAACGUACCAGUUUGUUGUCAUCAUGCAGCUCAUUUCGCGAGUCGCAGUAUGCAACUGAGGAGCAAACUCACGACGAUGGGCUGGCUUCUCUUAAUGGUGGGGGUCGGGUUGGGGCUCGUGAGGCGUCAUCGGAGGGGUCUUUGGCAGAAGCAACUCCAGAUACUGAUGAGUCAGCGGGCGCUGUAGGCAUGAGCUUGGGCGCAGCGGAACAUCGCCACAGGCCUAAGCGUCGCCACCACGGCCAUGGCCCUUCACAUCAACAUCAGACAUCGCAUGACGUCCCUAAGCAGGGUGUACAAGUAGCAGCGCUUGAAGUGCAGAACGUGAAACGCGCAAUAAAUCGCUACGGAACACUUCCAAAAGGCGCUCGCAUUGGAGCCUAUUUGGAGUCGCUUCGUCAAAGUGGCGCCCCCUGCGCUCCGAGCUCGCCUCGCGAAUCCCAACAAGAUGAAGCUAGAUCUCUAUCGCCUAAAACUGCCCGAUCUCAACCCCACAUGAUACGAUCAAAUUCUUCGGGAGGUGUAACUGCCCCUACGCCGGCUUCGCCCAGAGCGACGCGCGCGGCUCCCCCUCUUAGAUCAUUCACCAACAGUCCUAUUAAACCCCGACCAAGACUAGCUGAACUAGAGUUUCCCCCUCCUCCCCCGGACCUUCCUCCUCCGCCCGAAGACACACCGCAACCACCCCCACCGCCCCCACCACCAGAUUGCUGCAACGCCGGCACCGACACGGCGGACAGACUAGAAACACCCACCGAAAUGGAAGAAAAACCAGCAAAACAAAUCAUGAAAGAAAUGCUCGAGCUGAAGCUCGUCGCGGAAAUCAAAGAACGCGCCGACAAGAAGAAACAGAAACUCAAAGAGUCACCUCCUCAUGAAAUCCUCGAGAUGCACACAUCGUUCGGUGACCCCGUCACAAGAUUAGUCUCCGAAUUGUCGGAGAGCUUAAAUAUGGAAGCCUUCCGAAAGGGUGACAAGAAAGAGUCCAAACCCGAGACAAAAGAAAAGGUCUCCCCAAUUGAUCUCAAAGCGAGUCUCAGGAAGACAUCGUACAACAAUAAUAUUGACAAAAAACCUGGUCUCGACACUAAGACCAACACAGACUUCAAGUCGCAACUAAAAAAGGUUGAGACCAACAGAGUAAACAAUACAAAGGAUUCUGACGAAUCUGGCAGAUCCAUAAUCGAUUUUAAAUCACGAUUGCGGAAAGUCGACAGCAAUUCGCCUUCUACUAACGGCCAAGCAAAGAAAGUUGAGAACUCUCCGGAAGAUUCUAGAAAAGAUCUUUCGAGUAAAAGUGAUGAUUCCGAUAAGAAGAGGUCCGAGAGUGGAUCUUUAGAUACGAGUGGUGGUGAUGAAGAUGAUAAACGCCGUAGCACGGGCAGCAUAAGUAGCCUGAAGAAGCUAUGGGAGUGUAAGGAGAGUGAUGAACGCUUGAGUCCUAAAAUGAAGCCAAAAGAUGAGAGUGAAGAUGGAUCUCCUGAUGAUAGGUCAGGGCUAGGCCGUUGUGGAAGUUUGCAAACUCGGCGUGAUGAUAAGCCAGCAGUGGCUAGUAAGCCGUCAAUUCGUGGUCGGCCUUUGGGAAAAGGUGGUAUUUAUGCCACUCCUCUGUCUGCAAAUGCAGACUGUGAGGAUAACGACGCUCUUGCUGCGUUAAGAAUGUCUUUGGAAUGCUGCACGAAUGAGGUUCGUCGUGGCUGUGGCGGAAGCGGCGGUCGCGGAUCAUUAUGGCGUCUUCAAACGUCCGAGCGACUUGCACGCCUAAGCAGUGCGUGUAUGUCCGCAGCUUCUGCUAGCAGGUGUGCACCACAAUUGCGCGUGCAGCUAAGAGCUGCCGCUACGCGAUUGGAAUGUGAGGCCAGAGCUCUGGCUUCACCGGCGCCUCAUCAUCAUCACCUGGCUGAUGGAGUGGAACAAGCACUCAGGGAUCUCGCUAAUAUUGUGCAUAGAUAAAUUCGCUUUUUUCGACUGCAACUUGAUUACAUCACAUCAAGCAACACUUGCUAUACUAUUCUUUAUAUUUUGUAUUAUUAACAAAUGCAUUGAGAGUUUUUUUUUCAUUUUAUAGUAUUAAUAUUUUCAAAGAUAAUAUUAAGACUUAAGAAAUGUCUCCCUUAAGACUUUCAGCUAUAUGCAGUUCGGAAGUAACUUUUAUUUAAAAUGUGUAAUAAUUGAAACAUGCGUGUUUGUUUAGAGAAGACAAUAAACACAUUUCUGUGUCAGUCUUUAGGCAGUAUAUGUGCCUACCUACCUGCCCAUAAAAGUUAUAGGUAGGUAGGUAUAUAAGUUGACCUGGAUCAUGCACGCAAUGAAUAAACUAAACCACGAAGGCAUGAAGCCUUACAUACUAUUAUUACUUCAAGUCGUAAAUUUGGCAAACUAUAUUGCUUGUUUCGCAACGUUUCUGCCAAAAUGUCUGUUUACACGUUUAUUAAAAACAUUAACAAAAUGCGGAAUUUUUUUAUGACUGGAUCACAAUUUCUUAACACAAAAAAAAAUAUUGUCACAAAUCAAAUAUUAUUAUGAUAAUUCAGAAUUAAUGCAGAAAUAAAUGUUGCUGAUAGUUGUUACAAUUUAACUAUACUAGUUAUCAUGAUAUAACAUUUCCGUCAGUGCAUUAUCGUAACGAAAUAUAAAAUGGAUAACAACCAAAGACACCCGUUUCAUAUUAAUUACCAGCAAAUACUCUUUAGUUAUAGUGUAUUUUAGUACAAAGGUUAUGAUUUACAAAAUUAAAGAUUAGUACAAGAUGUAUGUAAUUUAACAAUUUAGAAUUUGCGAACAUAUUCCUUUGUAAAGACUGAAGUGAAUGAUUUUGUAGUUGCAAACGAUUUAUAUGAAGGGCGCUAAAUUUAUUUUUUAGGUGUUUAUUGAUGUAAAGCGUAAGGAUUUUCGAUUGUCAACAAAAUACUCACUUGGAUCUUAUGGCGACAUAAACACCACACAAGUUCUCGCGAAUUUAAUCAAAACCAUUUUUUUUGUAAUUCAAUGUAACUGGAAAAUUCUUAAGGCUUUACAGAUAUGAAAAUGCGCCAACGUUAUAGAUACUGCUAUAGAUUUAGGAGUCAUUUUUUUCCACGUUUUUAAAUACAUAAAUGUGAUAAAAUAACGAGAAUGCAUGAAAUAGUUUUCUGAUGGCGGAUUUCGUAAUCAGUGGCUCCUAAAUAUACUAGCAUCUAGGUACGCCCUUGUCUGCAUAAUAGACUCAAAAUAUCAAUGGCGUCAAAGUCAAUAAGUUCAUGAAGUAUGAUUAUUUUCUGUGCCAAAAAUUGGGAGUGUUGAGGAGUCGCAAAUACUCUUUAAGUAAGUUAGAAACACGGCCUUGAAAGUCUAAAACUCAGAGACAAUUGCGAACUGUCAUCUGCCAUGUAUACUGCCAGAUUCAGUUCGCACUCACUUGUCUAUGCGUCCUGGCCUAAGCUCACAUUAUUGGACGCAAAAAAGUAAUUAAAUUAGCACAUCACGUCGUCGCGGAAGCGUUAAAACGGCGGCCGACAUGACGAGCUUUACACUUCAAUUUAUAAUAAGUGAGAAUGACCUAAAUUUUGUAGUUUCGAGGUCGUUUCAUUCCAUAGUAAGUAGGUUUAGUGAUUGCAUUUAGCCUCACCGAAUGUUGUUUGGGAUUUUUUACGUUUUCAACAAUAUUUCGGCUCGUUCGCGGUUCAUACACAGCUCAUUUAAAAAAUGAUUGACAAUUGUUUUAGACAGUAUAUUUAUUAAAGCCCGCUUGUGGUGGAUUUUCAUGUUGUAACAUUUACAACAAAAACAUAUUUCACCAGUACUACAUUUUUAAACAAGAUUGCGUUUUUAGAAUUCAAUUCUUUAAUUCCAAUGUCAAUAUAAAUUUAUUAUAACACGAUUUUCCACAAUUAAUGAGCUGUGAUAUGAUAGAAGCAUUUUCCGACUCCCGCAUACAUUCCUGUCGCUUUCCUAUCUAUUGCCUCCUACCGCUCUAGCAUUUUUGUAUAUUAAGUAAGUGUUUUCGGACCAACAGUCAUUAUUAUUUUGAAGUUGGUCAUUCGUGGACCGUUGGUUGGCCUAUUUUUGAAAAAAAUUUUUGGACCCCGGGUCAAGCUAAUAUAAGAUUUCUAUUUAAGUUAGCGUGCUGUGAUACGGCUUCUUAAUCGGAAUAUGCUCAACAGGUGUUCUUUUUUCCUUUUUCAUUAUAUUUAACGAAAUUAUUUAAGGUAUCUUAGGUGAAAUACUAUAUAUAGGUAACCAUUUAUAUUAAACGUUAUUUAACAGGAUAUGCUAGUCUUUAUUAUUACAAAUUGUAAGGAUACGUAAGUAUUAUUUGCGUACAUCACUAUUAUAAGUUUAGUAUUCGUAUCCCCGUAAUAAAAACUAAAUCAGCGACCUCUUUAGACUACCUUUGUCUCUUUCUCUGUAAUUGUGUUUGCGCUGUAUUGAAAAGAGAUGUGUUCUAGUUAAAACGCUUGUGGCACCGUUUAGUUUUUAUAGGGGGUAAGUUUGUAGAUAACGCUUAACCGUAUAUGCCGUUCGGCCUUAGAGACUAUUUACUGGAACAUUUGCGUGUAAUAUAAUUAUCUGGAGCACUCUGAAUCAGUUCAAUGGGAUUGGACCGAAGGUGAGCUCAAUAUACGAAUUUAUGACGGGCGUGUGCUAUGUGUAAACGCCUUUUGAAUUUAUAGAUACCCGGUAUUUAUAAAAGUGAAAUAUAGCGGUAAAGUUAUUUGUCAGUUGAAAUCAGUGAAAUGAGUUGUAAUUGUUAAUAAAUAAAUACUUAGUCGUACGCCCUGGUGGUACUGAUAUUUAUAUAUGAGACGUAUAAAACAACUAGCGGCCCAAAUACCUUUAGAUCUGGCCGCAGAUCACUGUGUUUGUCUCUUAAAAGCCUUAACCUGACGAUUUUGCAUUUCACAAGCAUUAAAUAGUUGAACAAAGUUACUGAUUUUGUAAGUUCAAAAGUCGUUUUAACGUAAGGUAAAGCUGGCGUAUGAAUAUUAAUUGGACUGCGUUCAGAGAUAUGCGCCUAUAUUACUCUACUUCAAUGUCUAUUUAAUUAUAAUAACGUAUAUUUUCUAUAGAAGUUGUAAUAUCCUGUAUUUUCUAAAAUUAUAUUAAGUUAUUUACCAGUGAUCAAAUAUAAAGAUCGGUUUGUGAACAUAUAUCAUGUGUGUUAUAUUGAUGGGAUUAUGUAUAUUUAUUUGAACUACAAAAUAUAUUUUAUUUUUAUUCAUAUUAUGCAUUUAUUUUACAAACAUUUUUGAAUGUGCUGAAUUGAUUUUUGAAAUAUAUAUUGUUUUUUUAACACCUCAAUAUAACACAUGGCUUAUCGGCCUUAUUAUAAAACGCAGAAUAUCUAGUCUACGUUUUGUAAUAAGGCUGUAUAAAUUUAACCACAUUGUAUAUAGUAGUUCCAGCUUUGUACACUUAGAGUUAUAGCUACAUAAACGAUUCGUUACUCAUCAAACAAAUUGUUUUAACUAUCCGUUAAUGUAUGGUCUUAGUAUGGUUGGCAACUUGUUUUGAUUGUUUUCAUUGAUUAUAAUAUUCUUUUAUAUAUGCACGUUAUUGAUUACUCACCCUAGCUU